AUGUCUCGAGGAGGCCGAGGAGGUGGCCGCGGUGGUAGGGGAGGAAGAGGCGGAGGCGGCGCUGGCCGCCCGGUCCUGUCAUGGGACAAUGGCGAUGAACCCGAUGCCAGGCCAUCCGAGCUCUUCCCUCCAUACACCGUCCCGACUCCUACGGCGCUGAAUCCAUUUGAGAAAGACUCCGUCAAGCACUUCCUCCUGUUGCGACAUCAGAUCCACGCCUCCUCAUUAUACACCUCUCGCCGCACCCUAGACAGUGACCCCCUUGCGCCUCGGAAGAUGUAUCGCCAAGAGCAGACCAAUGCUCACUACGGCGUGCAGAGCCGCGCCUCGCAGGACCCUUUCACCUCCGUCCCGACCUACGGUCAGCGAUUCGUCCGUGAAGAGCGGGCCCUGCCCGACUGGUCCCGGCGGGUGAUAUGCAGAGAGCUCUUCCCGGAGGACAUACUCGACGUGAUCGAGCCGCAGGGCGAGCGCAAGAAGCGGAAACUGGAGCUGACCAGCGUGAACGCCCUUCCAAACGCAGAGCAGGCCUUUGGUUUGGUGGCGAACGGGGAAGAAGGGGAGGACGGCGCAAGAGGAGGAGAUCUACUCGAGAGGUUGGACGCCAUCCCCCAUGAGGAAGGAGAGGAGGAGCCCGAGGGAGAAGAAGAGGAGGAAGAGCAGGACGAAGUGUACGAUGACGAAGACGCCGGUGAUUAUGAUGCCGAGAACUACUUCGACAACGGUGAUGAAUACGGCGACGACUAUGGCGAUGAUGGAGGAGACGGCGAGGGAACAUAUUAA